AUGGGCGGCGGAUUUGGGCGGAGCGGGAGGGGACAAAAAGAUCGAGGUCUAUGCUGCGCCCGCGAGAGUGGACAGCGUGAAGGGCCUGCCAAGUACGUUUGUUGA